AUGAAGUUUUCUUCCCUUCUUCUUGCUGUCAUCGCACUUCAUGUCGACCUCGGUACGGGUCUUCAGACCUCCUCGAGGAUCGGUUACCUCGUAACUCCCCCCUCCUCGAGCUCCGCCUGGCUGCAACGAUGCGGCGCUCAGGAUCGUUUGCAUCGGCUCCGAGGAGGCUCCUCCCUCGCUGCCUCAGAGGGCAACGGCGAAGGCAUCUUCCCCGUCCUCCGAACGGCUCCCCAGGACCUUCGCUCGCAGCUGCGCGUGCUGGAAGUCUUCAACUCUCAGGUGCCGCUCACAGUGCGGUACACGGUGAGCUGCGGCAUCGCCAACGUGCUCUACUUCGGCCUCUACUCCAUCCUCCUCGGGUUCAUCACCAGCGCAGGCAUCUCAGUCACCAUCGCGUACCUCUGCAGCGUCUCCUGGCAGCACGCCCUCCAUCGCGUCCUAGUCUACGGGAAAGAUCUACAGAUCAACGCCAUCUACCUCAAGGAACUUGCGGGCAUCUACAUGGCUUACUCGAUUGCUUUUGUUCUCAACCCCAUGAUCACUGAAGGAUGCAUCGGCUUGGGGAAGAUGUACAUCGCUCAGACAGGCGCUUCAUGGCUGUUCAAGUGGCUGAACCCUCUUGGAUUCUUGGCGUCUCUUCUCCUCACUGGAUUAUUGAACUUCUUCACAGUCAGUGCUGUGUUUGAGAAGACCAGUGAAGAGGAAAACGAGAAGCUUGCUACUUG